CAGGCAGCUAGCUGGCAUCUAUUUAAUCUGUCACAAACUGUUCCCAGUAUUCAGUCUAUCCUUGGGCCUAUAGCUUUGCACUGCCUGACUGAGCAUCAGAAACAAGAGUUGAGAAAGAUUGUCAAGAUGAAAGGUUUUGCAGGUUUCUUCAUUUUAGCUUUCUGUGCGACAACAGGUGAGUUUAAUGUUGGACACAUAUGUCCAUUAUGUCACUAUAUAUAUAAUGUAAUCUCUCCAACGACUAGGCAAAAAUAUAUUCACAUCAAUAUUCGAAUAUCAGCCAAAGCGCACGCAAUAGUCGGCAGGUUAUCGUGUGUUAGGGAAGCCUCACAUAUCGAUUUUUUCCACGAGAAACGUCAUAUGUUCGUUUGGGGGUGGGGGGGUUUGCAGCUGUGACGUUUCUCUGAAAAUAUCAUGGAAAAAUUCGAUAGUUUUUUCGAAAGCCUUGACAUUUCUAAAUCAUCUUUACAGAGUAUAAAAAAGAAAACAAUUUGAUACAAACAACAGUCUAUAGGCCUACAUUCUAUACCAUACCUGUUCUACACGUAUACAUUUAUAUUAUUACGCCUUCCUUGCAUUGAAAACACUCAAAUUUCAAGAAAACCGCGCUAAAAUUAUCAAUAUUUCAUGCAAAAAAAAGUUGUUUUGAGAAACGUUGGAAAUUUUGAAGUUCAUAUAUAUUAAUAAAAAAAGAGUAUGUCAGCAGAAGAUGACAUAUUCCUCGCGGAAGCAUCGCCAAUAGCCGACCGCAGAAAAUAGUAGAAAAUUACCUUAUGUAUACUAUAUCGAACAAAAUAUCGAUAAUAUGUGUGACGUUUCUAAGGGGGGUGGGGGGUGGGGGGGUCUCCAGAGAAACGAACAUAUGACGUUUCUCAUGGACGAAAUCGAUAUGUGAGGCUUCCCUUAUAAUAUAUAGUUACGUUUAGAGGCUUUCUGUUUUCGUAUUAACUGAACAUCAGGCCUCUAUAGCUGUCAAAUGACAUCUUUAUUGAAUCAUUGCAAUAAAAAACCCAAAUACCUGAAAAUAGUCAGUCAACGCUCUGCCGAAAGUCGUGGGUUUUCUCCGGGUGCUAGUCGGGUUUCCUUCCACAGUGAAAGUUACAGUUCGUGUUAGGGGCUGUUUUGAUAUGGAUGCGAGCCAGCCCUGGAACCCAUGCAAGCGAGCUAGCUCACUUUUCCGAGCUGAUUUUAUCCCAUGCAUGUUAUCCAGUACAUGGCCAUGAGAUUCUCGAUCGAGGCGGACUGGCUCACCAAAACAAACCACUGGGCUCAUUGCUAUAUAAAUAGUAAUAUUUUCUCACAAACAUGAAAUUCGCACUUUGGCGAGCAACUUUCACGGUUAUAGCCCACAGGCACAGAAUCGUUUCUGACAGAGUCAGACCUUUUAAGAUCGAAAUCUGCCGCGGAGAAAAUCUUACUUACAACAAUAUUUGUACGUGAACAUGCAGAACUGUAACACUCAGCCCGCUUAGACACGCCAGCCCAGGUAUAACUGCGUUUAUAGUAGAAAUUUCCAGCCCGUCUUGAUGGCGAGCCAUCCCUGCUGCUUCAACGAAGCGAGAUCUAUAGGCUAGGCGGGCCAGCCGUAUAAAUGCAAGAUGAAUAUCUCGGCAAAGCGAGCUAGCUCGGGUAUACCCGGGCUGGCUCACAUUCUUAUAAACAUCCCCUUAGGAUAAAUCUACUGACGUAUAUGCCUUUCUAUUCAAAGAAAGGACAUCGUCCACUUCAUUCGCAUGUUGAAUUUUAACUUUAAUCUUUACUUGUUUCCGUCCAAGCGAGCAAAGCCUUUAAAUUCAACGCGUCCAGUCUCGGCCCCUAAUUGCACGCUAUUAUACGAGAGAAUCGACUGAGACAUUGAUUCAUGCUUUCACUAUUGCACGGAUUACUCAACUGCCAGCUCAGUAAUUUUCAAAGAGUGCAAGUUAAAACAUGAGCAGUCGAUCUUUGUCUGAUCAACAUGCACAAACUCGAGCCGAAGGCGAGAGGUUGCAUGUCUGAUACAACACGGACUCCGGACGCCGGAAUGCUUCAAUAUAGCUUGUGAAACGUCUUGAUGAGAACAUUCGCGGUAUUCCUCAACAAUUUAAAAGAAAUGAAUGAUAUUUGGUCGUGAUUGUUUUGUGUUUAGUUCGUCAUGAAUUAUUAAUUCACAAUACAGAUACCAUUAUCAUUUCUUGCUUUUUAGUGAGAUCUGUAGACACAAAUAGAUGUUUCGACUGUAAAGAGGAAAGAAGUCCACCUAUCAAGGAACCAGCAUGCAACCAAACAACAAGUUGCGGGGAACUGUCUUAUAAAUGUUUUGCGCAGGUCGUGAAAAAAGCCAAUGGCAAUAUAGAGUUUUCCAAGGGUUGUGCUAGUGGCGGUGAUUUUCGGUGUGGUAACAAUCCUGAGAUUUGCCGACAGGAGCUGGGGAGUGGUGCCGAAGCUUGUAAAACCACGUGCUGCUCAACCAAAGAAUGCAACGUCAGCUUCCCUGAACUGAAUGGUGGCAACGAUGUGGUACUUGGUGUUAUGCCGAUGAUUGUGUCCAUGUUCUUUGCUUUGACCUUUUUGUGAAUUUUGAACAUAGGACACGUACUAACUAAUAAAUUCUUUUAACAUAUUUCUUGACUGUAAUCAGGGACGUAGCAAAGAAUUUGGCGUUGGAGUGGGGGGAGGGCGGGUAGGUUAAUUGUACUAAUUAUUUGAUUUUUUAAUUUAAAGUGUGCCUAACCUCAAUUAUUUUUAUCAUCUCAUGAUCAUUCUUAAGAACUUCUGAAAUUAUAAGACAACUUAUUUUGAAGACCACCCAUUUCAAAGCAGUCAAAUUUUCAGCAUAGAGUAGACGCUGGUUACGACACUAUAAGACGGGAAAAUUUGUUGGUUUACCGCCACAAUGGGAGCAAUUAAUUAAGAAGUUUAGGUGCUCACUUUGUUUGCAUGCAUGCAGAUAUCCGGAAUUUAUGUCACAAAUCCAUAAUGACUUAAAGUAAGCCUUGUAUAUCGCAUUCACUAUCGAGUUUAAUUCAUUGAAAUGAAGUUUGGGAGGAUUACAUACCAAUGUAAAACACCAUUUAGCCUUUUUAUUUCAUGAUAUUGAACUGUACCUUACAUUCUUUGAUCACUAUCAUUAUUCAUAUGUGACGCAAUCUCGUACCCAGAGCAAUGCCUGUGCGCGGGCUAGGAUGGCAUUGGCUCUGGGGAAAUUGAAUUUUUCCUGUGCGGUGAUUGGUUAACGUUUAUCAAUCGUGCAUGCCGACAAAGAACCGGAACCCCUAAAUUUAGGGGUUCCGGUUGUCAAUUUCCCCAGAGCCAAUGCCAUCUUAGCCCGCGCACAGGCAUUGCUCUGGGUACGAGAUUGUAUGCGACGCAAUUUCCGGACAUUUGCAUAUCAAUAAAACUGAAAGAACUCCGAGACAAAGUGUGCAUGCAAACGAAAAUCUUCAAAAUAAGUUACAAUAUCAUUCCAAAGGUUUUUAGGAAUCUCAUGAGAAGAUAAAAACGAUUGAGGUUAGGUGCAUUUUAAGUUUCGUGUCACUUAAAAGCAGUUUUUAGAAUUUAGUGUGACUUUUUCAUGAGUACGUUCAUGUAACAGGCUUUUCUUUCGAUAGAAUAUAUUAGCACAAUUGGAUGCAUUUUAGCCAAAACUAGCUGGAGUUUUAGCCAAAACUAGCUAGAAAAUUUUGAAUAUUUCAUCCCUCAGAAAGUCCGGAAAUGCAACUAAUAUUUGACAUUCUUAACUGGCGUUCACAUUUAACUUUCACAUUAGCCUGUUCGAAGCCUGUACUGUACAUGCUCUUAUAAUUUACUUGAACAUCACUCAAAAAUUACAUACCCCAUCCAGCCUUCCCCCUUGUCGCUACCGCCCUGACUGUAAUACAUUAUGUGUAGAUCCAAUUAAAAAAGGUUGUCCUUUACAAACCUUAAACUCUAAGCGCGCAAAGCUUAAUGGGAGCACAAGUUUCAAGCUUAAUAUAGUUGAAUAUUGCAACUAUAUUUGGCUAAAACUAGCUAGAAAAUUUUGAAUAUUUCAACUUUCAGCAAGUCCGGAAAUGCAACUAAUAUUUGACAUUCUUAACUGGCGUUCACAUUUAACUUUCACAUUAGCCUAUACAUGUUCUUAUAAUUUACUUGAAUAUCACUCAAAAAUUACACCCUAU